CGAGGAGUGCACACCGGUGGUCGCAUUCGCAAUCGCAUUCGCAUCCGCCUCGCAGUCGCCAUUCGUAAUCGGAAUAUCAUCCGCCAAAGUCCGCGCCGCAGAGAUCGAAACCAUGGAUAUCUCCGCCUACCAGCACAUGAACAUCCGGAUGAGCACGCGCGGCAAGCGUCCUCUGCGGAACCUCACGCCCAACGAUAAGGUGCGCGCCAUCCAACGCAUCCACAAUGGCGAAACGAAGGCCAGCGUUUCGCGGGACAUAGGAGUGCCGGAGUCCACGCUGCGGGGCUGGUGCAAGAACGAGCAGAAGCUGCGCUUCAUGUGCCGCCAGCUGGGCCCCGAUCACCUGGGCCUGGACACGCCGCCCGAGAAGCGCGCCAAGUUCGAGCUGCAGCUCCAGCUGCCCCCCAAAUUCGUGGCACUGCCUCCCAACUACGAGGAGCUGGGCUUUGGGGCACUGCCCUACUCCCCGGCCGACUAUCCCGGGCAGGGUGAGUCGCUCCUGGAGAAGCUGAGCCUGGUGGAAUUUGUCAAGAAAACCGGAGGACUGCAUCCCGAGGCAGUGCAUCCCAGUCAGGCGGCUGGCGUUAUGGACUACUCCAACAACAUGCUGCACCAGCUGAAUCUCCUGGCCCUGCUCAACUCCAAACUGGUUCCUCCUCAGCCUGCCGAAGUGGAUGCAGCCAAGGGGGAGGAAAACAAGGUGGCUGAUUCACCCGCUGCCUCCGAGGAUUACAGCAAAAACAGCUAUCCCCUGCUGAGUGUGAAGAACUGGGCCAAAGAUCCGGCCAAGCGGGUGAACCUGAUCAAUCAGCCGGAGCAGCCGGUCAAUGAUAAGAACAAUAAUGCUCUGGAGGGGAAUCCUCCAGCCGCGGAGCAGGCUGCCAUCAAGACUGCCAUGUUUCCGGACACCGCCAUACCCCUACUGCCAGCUCCCUUUCCGAAUCCUGCGGAUCUAGCGCCUGUGAUAGCACCAGUGACGCCAGCCACGCCCACAGCCACAGGCACGCCCUCGACUGGCGGAGGAGCCGAUGGCCAGGGGGCGGCUCUGCUGGAUUGGUGCAAGCUCUUCAAUGCCAGCUUGAACUUCCUGGCCUUCGCAGCGGCCGCAGCUUCCAUGCAACCCGGCGGCGGCGGCGGCGGUGGAGGAAGUGCACCCAAUGGCCACUACAAUCCCCAGCAGAUGGUGAAUGGCGGCUCCGAGCCCGAUCUCGACAUCCCCACAUAUCCCUUCAACGAGGCGCUGAUGAAGCGCCUGAGUCCCCUGGCCCACAGCGAGGCCUCCAACGAGAGCUACUGCGACAGCGAGCCGGAGGAUCUGUCCGUGCGGUCGUGCGCCUCCAAGGCCUCCAGCAGAUCGCACACCCCCGACAAGAGCAUCGGCUCCAGCGAUGCCGAGCAGUAGACACAAUAGUUCGAUGGCUCUUUAGUUCUAUAGUUGCUAGACCUAGUUCUAGUUCUAGUUUAUAGUGUAAAUACCUCCAUUUUUAUUGUUAAAUAGCCACCUUAAGUAUUUAUGAACGAACACGAAUCAUUUCGCAAUGCAAAUGCCAUUUGUACUUAUCAAUUAGCGUAUUAGUAUCACUGCAACAGGUAUUAAUAGAUCAGCAUACUAUAAUAGCUGGUUAUGACUAGGAAUAUCGACUGUGCGACACUGAUUGUUUGAAAACCAAAUUCAAUUCAUCUACACGUAUAAUAACGAAUACUAAUUGUUUUAAGUAGCUUAAUUAUUUGGCACGUUCGCCAGCCAUUCCAAUCGAUUUGUUUUCGUACUGCUGUAAUCUCCGUAACUCUUAAUAAGCAUAUAAACUAAUUACUAACGAAACGAAUAAAUAUUUAUUAACAAAACAAAAUAAAAUUAA